AUGGCAUUUAGCAGCGUACUGAAAAUAGCCGAUGUAGAUGAUUUUAUCAAUCCUUCCCAGGAAUGUAUAAAACCAAUCACAUCGAAGUUGGAUAAACACGAAAAGUACAAUCAUCGUUCGCAGUCAGAGAAAGUGAAAAUCUCGUUAAACGACUGCUUGGCAUGCAGCGGAUGCAUAACAUCAGCUGAGAGUGUGCUUAUUAGUAAGCAAAGUAAAGAGGAAUUUUACGCCAUUCUAGAUAAGAAUCAAAGGCUACAAGAAACACAUCAAGAAUCAAGAAUGAAAACUAUUAUAGUAUCUAUAUCACCCCAGUCCCGUGCAGCGCUGGCUGUGAAUUAUAAUCUAGAUAUAAAUCAGAUUGGUAAAAUGUUAGCAGCAACAUUUAAGAAGGUUUUAGGAGCUUCUUACGUUUUCGAUGCCACUUUCGCUCGAGAUUUUAGUCUAAUAGAGAGCCAGCGGGAAUUCAUCGAUCGCUAUUGUAGCAGCAGUCCAUGUAAACUACCGGUAUUUGCAUCUGCGUGCCCAGGAUGGAUUUGUUACGCUGAGAAAAUUCAUGGUAAAUUUAUAUUACCUUACCUCAGUGCCGUAAAGUCACCACAACAGAUCAUGGGAAGUCUAAUUAAGGAUUAUUUUGCUAAUCAAAUUGGGAAACGCCCCAGUGACAUCUACCAUGUAACUGUAAUGCCGUGCUACGACAAGAAACUAGAAGCUUCCAGAAAUGAUUUUUACAAUGAAAGCCUGAAUGCUGCUGAUGUCGAUUGCGUUUUAACCUCAGGUGAAGUAAUGGAAAUCUUUAACGAAAGAGGUUGUGUUGUAGUAAACGGAACAUCUGAAAAUUUAGAUAGACCUUUUGUAAGCGUGGAUGAAAAUAAUGAGGUGCUAACACAUGAUGGUGGAGGUUCAGGUGGCUACUUGGAAAAUGUUUUUAAAACAGCUGCAGCUGAGAUAUUUCAGUUGAAAAUACAAAAUAUGAUUUAUAAAACUGUGCGAAAUAAGGAUUUCAGAGAAGUUAUUCUUACAAUCGACGGCAAAUCUGUCCUAAAAGGGGCUAUUGUGUAUGGGUUCAGAAACAUUCAGAAUAUCGUUCAAAGAAUGAAACGCGGUAAAUGUUUAUACGAUUAUGUGGAAAUUAUGGCAUGUCCAGGAGGGUGCUUAAAUGGGGGUGGGCAGCCGAAAAUAGACUUGGAUUCAAAUUUACGGCUCCACUUGAUGAAAUUAGAAAAAUGUUAUAACUCAGCUGGGGAAUGGCUUGAUGGGUCUGAUAGCUAUAAGGCUAGAAAGAUGCUAUACACCACUUAUUAUGAUAAGAGUCAAUCUCAAAAUGCCAUAUCUGUCAAAUGGUAA